GCCAAGGCAGGACCCAGCGCUCCGAGCCCUGCCCAGCCCAGCACCAUCGGCCAACGAGCGCAGCGAGCUCCCGGCUCCAGGCCAGGUCUCAGAGACAACCUGUGAGCAGGCAAGAUGGGGAACCGGGAGAUGGAGGAGCUGAUCCCGCUGGUGAACCGCCUGCAGGACGCCUUCUCGGCGCUGGGACAGAGCUGCCUGCUGGAGCUGCCGCAGAUCGCCGUGGUGGGCGGCCAGAGCGCCGGCAAGAGCUCGGUGCUGGAGAACUUCGUGGGCAGGGACUUUCUUCCUCGGGGCUCCGGCAUUGUGACAAGACGGCCUCUUGUGCUGCAGCUUGUUACUUCUAAAACAGAGUAUGCUGAAUUUCUACAUUGCAAAGGGAAAAAAAUUACAGAUUUUGAUGAAGUUUGCCAUGAGAUUGAAGCAGAAACAGAUCGAGUAACUGGCAUGAAUAAAGGCAUUUCUUCCAUACCCAUUAAUUUACGAGUCUAUUCUCCACACGUGUUAAACCUAACCCUGAUUGAUCUACCUGGAAUAACUAAGGUGCCUGUGGGAGACCAGCCACCAGAUAUUGAGCAUCAGAUCCGAGAAAUGAUCAUGCAGUUCAUCACCAGGGAGAACUGCCUGAUAUUGGCUGUUACUCCAGCCAACACUGAUCUUGCAAACUCUGAUGCACUGAAGCUAGCUAAAGAAGUUGAUCCUCAAGGUCUGAGAACCAUUGGCGUGAUCACCAAACUGGAUCUUAUGGAUGAAGGAACAGAUGCCAGGGAUGUGCUAGAGAACAAGCUGCUGCCUCUUCGCAGGGGUUAUGUGGGGGUAGUCAACAGAAGCCAGAAGGACAUAGAUGGGAAGAAGGACAUUAAGGCAGCCAUGUUGGCAGAAAGGAAAUUUUUUCUUUCUCAUCCGGCAUACAGACAUAUUGCUGAUCGUAUGGGAACUCCACACCUUCAGAAGGUUCUAAAUCAGCAACUUACCAAUCACAUUCGGGAUACCCUGCCAAACUUCAGGAACAAACUUCAGGGACAGUUGCUCUCCAUAGAACAUGAAGUGGAAGCCUACAAAAACUUUAAGCCAGAAGACCCCACCAGGAAGACCAAAGCCCUGCUCCAGAUGGUUCAGCAGUUUGCUGUGGACUUUGAGAAGAGGAUUGAAGGGUCAGGUGACCAAGUAGACACCCUGGAGCUCUCAGGCGGGGCCAAAAUCAACCGUAUUUUCCAUGAACGCUUUCCUUUUGAGAUAGUGAAGAUGGAGUUCAAUGAAAAAGAAUUGCGAAGAGAAAUAAGCUAUGCAAUCAAAAACAUACAUGGUAUCAGAACAGGGCUGUUUACUCCAGACAUGGCAUUUGAAGCAAUAGUUAAAAAACAGAUUGUAAAGCUGAAAGGGCCUUCCUUGAAGAGUGUAGACCUGGUAAUGCAAGAACUAAUUAAUACUGUCAAGAAGUGUACCAAAAAGCUGGCAAACUUCCCCCGACUUUGUGAGGAAACGGAAAGGAUCAUUGCUAACCACAUUCGUGAACGAGAAGGAAAGACUAAAGACCAGGUACUGCUAUUGAUUGACAUUCAAGUCUCCUACAUCAACACCAACCAUGAAGACUUCAUUGGCUUUGCAAAUGCCCAGCAGAGGAGCAGUCAGGUUAACAAGAAAAACACAAUUGGAAAUCAGGGAACCAAUCUUCCGCCUUCAAGGCAAAUUGUGAUUCGUAAGGGCUGGCUGACCAUCAGUAACAUCGGCAUCAUGAAAGGAGGGUCGAAGGGAUACUGGUUUGUCCUCACAGCAGAAAGCUUAUCCUGGUACAAAGAUGAUGAGGAAAAAGAAAAGAAGUACAUGCUUCCAUUGGACAACCUCAAAGUUCGGGAUGUGGAAAAGAGCUUUAUGUCUAGCAAGCACAUCUUUGCACUCUUUAAUACAGAGCAAAGGAAUGUAUACAAAGACUAUCGCUUCCUUGAGCUGGCAUGUGAUUCACAGGAAGAUGUGGACAGCUGGAAGGCAUCUCUCCUGAGAGCUGGGGUCUAUCCUGAUAAAUCUUUAGGGAACAACAAAACUGAAAACGAUGAGAAUGGCCAAGCAGAAAACUUUUCUAUGGACCCACAAUUGGAGAGGCAAGUGGAGACCAUUCGCAACCUUGUAGACUCCUACAUGUCAAUUAUCAACAAAUGCAUCCGAGACCUAAUUCCAAAAACAAUAAUGCACCUUAUGAUCAAUAAUGUUAAAGACUUCAUCAACUCUGAGCUCCUAGCACAGUUGUAUUCUUCAGAGGACCAAAACACUCUGAUGGAAGAAUCUGCUGAACAGGCUCAGCGCAGGGAUGAGAUGCUCCGAAUGUACCAAGCCCUGAAAGAAGCCCUUGCGAUCAUUGGUGACAUCAACACGGCCACAGUGUCCAUCCCGGCCCCUCCUCCAGUAGAUGAUUCCUGGCUCCAGCAUUCCCGCAGGUCACCUCCUCCAAGCCCCACCACCCAAAGGAGGCCGACUCUAAGUGCUCCCCUCCCGAGACCCACAUCUAGCCGAGGACCAGCCCCUGCCAUUCCCUCUCCAGGACCCCACUCAGGGGCUCCCCCAGUCCCAUUCCGUCCAGGCCCCUUACCUCCUUUUCCCAACAGCAGUGACUCGUUUGGAGCCCCUCCACAAGUUCCAUCCAGGCCCACGAGGGCCCCACCCAGUGUUCCAAGCCGGAGACCACCCCCAUCGCCAACUCGCCCCACUAUAAUCCGCCCGCUAGAAUCCCUGUUAGACUAAACGGAGUGACUGGUAUCACAAUUAUUCACUAAUGAUUUAUGCGAAAGCAGCAUAGUUGAUAACCGUCGCAGUAAACCAUGAGUAGUCGCAUGUAUGGACAUCAGUAGGCAAGUAACCAAUGUUACUAAUGCAUUCAUCACUCAUCUUCAUUGCUCAUGGUAUGUCAGACCUUUGAGGUUUGACACCUAAAAGCUGCUAACCUGUAGAGGCUUAGUGCAUAGUAUUGACCAAGGUGAGGUCGCAUAGCAAGCCUAGACUUUGAAAACCAUUUACCUACCCAACACAUAUUUGAAGUUUAUUUGAACAAGUUUUCUAGACUAUAUGCCAGGGAUCUCAUAAAAUAAAAAUUAUUAACAGAUAUGAGAGCUUAGAGCUCUGCAUAUUUCUUUUCCUACAUUCUAUUUUAGGUGGCAGAAAUUCUGUUUUCUAUUACCUAAUCCAUAGUUAUGUAUGUAUGUUAUUUUCCUUUCUUUAUCUCAUAAGACCUCUAGACAAUGAUCUUUUAAAAUAAUUAGGAUUCCUUAAGAAUAAAACUUUUCCAGGAGUAUAAGGCGGUUUACAAAGGAAAACUUUGCUCUAGGGAGAUUCUCUUCAUGCCAGUGUGUUUUGUUUCAUGUUAUAUAUGUAUAAAACCAUGAAGCAAAGUUUGUUUGUUUCUUCCCAGAAAUCAGUCGAUAAAUUUGGCUAGUUGCAGCAUCCAAGAGGGAAGCAAAAUAUUACACACCUAAAUACAUCUUGAAAGAUAUAAUUUAUAUAUUCACCUCUAAGUAGGCUAUAGUGAGAGAAGGCUGGCAUGGAAAAUGUUCAACGUCUCCCAGUUGAUCUUAUUUUGGCAUGGAUAACCUUACUUUCAUAUUAACUACAGUGUAUUUUUCUGUCUGAAGCACAAAAAAAAUCUAUGCUAACCUAUAAUUCCUAUUACUUACCUAUAAAUAAUUGUAUAACAAUUGCUUUGUAACAAAUUUAGUGCACAUCUCUGUCCAUUCUAGACUUCCUUAAGUCUUGGAGCUUACCAUAAGACAGUGGUACUGAGAAAGCAGGACCCAGGAUGGAAAGGGUGCCAUGGAUUAAGAGCUUUGCUCCCAUGUUUGUAGAUAUGCUGCUCCCACUCAUUCCAGAAUGGCUUUGAGAUAUUGACCUGCAAAGCAAAUUCACAAUUUCUAGUAUUCUUAAAAUUUACUAGAGCAAUUUAGCCUAGAGGUUAACAGUUCAGUCUUAAGGCUAAGUUUUGAACUACCUAGGACUAGAUGAUUAAUAUGUAGGAAACAGCCAGAAGCCAAAUGAAUUCUGUCUGGUAACUGUUCCCAGACAGCAGAGCAAGUGUUCACUGAAUCGUGGCAUCCCAUGGCAUUAUUUCAUAUUCUAAAGAAGUAAAUCAGGUUUUACCAACUGUAUCGUCUCCCUUUGAAAGCAGCAAACAUGAUUUGUAUGUUAACUUGACUUUAAUUUCCUGUGUAGCAUAUACCCAAAGCAGAUACCCAGGAAGCAUGAAGUAAAAACUUUUAAUCAUUUAUUUUUCAAAAAGAGAACUUGCCAAUUUUAAUGAUGGUGUAUUGAACUUCUAAUGAGCUAUAGGCCAUUUGUAAUUGGCACAAAAAUGGAAAAUACAAGACAUACCAAAAGAGCAUUUUAGCUUUCAUAGUUACAAGUGGUCUUACAAAGAUUAUUAUCACCAUUACCCCUCUCAUAUUUUGUUUUCCUGUUAGAAAAAUACUUAACUGUGGAUGGAACUAAUGUGUAAGAUACACAUUGUAUUUGAAACUAAUAUCCCAGGUAAAUGGAAAAAUGUUAAGUAAGCCUUCAUAGUCAAGCAUUCAUCAAUUAAAUCUUUUCAUAAAACUCCCUCGCUUUAGGAUUCCCUUUGCUUCUUUCUUUGAAUUCUCUAAAAUAGGCAGCUAACGAAUUAUAUACUUCAGGGUUUGGCUUUGUGCUCACUGUGGUUUUAUAUUUUGCUGUAUUUCAAAAAUGUCCUUCUGUUAGAGGAAAAUAUUGUGGAAAACCACUGGUGUGUUCUCAGAUCAGCACAAACCAAUGUCAAAGAAAAUUGGAGUUUUUUUUCCAAGUUUCUUUCCACUGAUCUUAGGCAGUCAUAAACAAUGGCAUUUGUCAUCUUUGGCUUUUGCUUUUAGAUUAUAGUCCCACAGAGGCUCGGUCCCAGUCAUCUCCCAUUGUGGCUUCAUUUUUGUUGUGUUUUACUCCCAUGUUAUGUCUGAUAGAACCCAGUCCCCACCCCCUGGAAUUUUAGCAGUGAGAUUCAAGAACUAUUUCCAAUUUGUUGCAGUCAGAGUGUUUGCAUCUUGCUAAUAGGAGAUGCCAAAAUGAGUGAAGCUCUGGGGUGGGCAGAAUUUGUAGGACGGCCUACACACAGAGCCUUAAAACAGGAAUGUCUUGCUUGAAGAAUUUUGUUUCCCAGCCCAUCCUUAAUCUCUUGUGCAACUUCCUUUUAACUGAUUACUCUGAUCAACAUUGUAGAUGUAGCUCCAUCAGAUCUAGCAUAAUAAAAAAUUCAACACUUUUAGGAUUUGAAAAAAGAAUUAUACAUGUUUGAUAAGUAAAUUUAGCUUAUUGGGCUGGAGAGAUGGCUUAGUGGUUAAGGUAUAAAUUUACUUAAUUGUCACAUGCUAAACCUUGCAUGCAUAUUGGCUCAUUUGAAUAACCACUUGCUCUGUUGUAGACAGAUUAUGAAACAGUAUUGAUUUAUAACAGAUAUAUUGCAUUUCCAAAAGUCAUCUAGCAAGCAUCCUCUUCUGAUUAUUGCUUUUAGAUGUGUUUUAUAAGAUAGAAGAACAUUAGGGUAUGUUUAUUAGCAAAAUCAUUGGUUUAUAUAUGUACUCAUAUUCCAAAAUAUAAUACAACCAGUUCCUGUGACAUAAGCCUUCUGAAUUUAGAACUAAAAAGUAAGCACAUAGACUAAUUCUGUGACUUUUUAGUAUAGACUGUAGCCAUAAUUCUAAAAUAUGAAAUGGGACCUAAUACCAGUAUGUGACAAGUGUUCAUGUUUUCUGUGUUUUCUAUGCAUGUCUCUAUGUAUAUACCAUAUACAUAGCAAUUUUUUUCUCUAAGUAUAUGUAUUUUGUGUCCUGUGGGGUAAACAGGUUUAAAAGCACUCUGAAAAUGCCAUAAGCAUGAGUGUGAUUGUGUAUGCAUUAUGUGUAUAUAUGUAUAUGUAUGGGUAUGAAUAUGUAUGAUAAACAUGUGCUGAGUAUAUAAGAAUAUGAAUAUAUUUUUCAAACUGUGCUAAAAUAAGAAAUAUGUUGGGGAGAUGUGCCAUAACACAUGACAACAGUUCAUUUCUCAUACCACAUAUGAAAUGUAUAAUAUUUCUUAAUUCCAGAUUAUAUUAAUUCUAAGAGGAACAACACUUAUAAUCACCAUGACAGCAAGUUAGUUAAUACCCACAGGUAUUUGUACCUAAGUCCAUAGUACUGCUACCUAAGAAGGAAUUAUCUUUGGCAAUACUUUGAUAUAAUAUGUAAGAUCUGGUAACUGUUCUUCAAAUUCUCUAGUUAGAAGUGUGCUAUGUUGGGCUUGCUGAACUGACUCUUAAAAAGAUAGACCAGUCUCUGUCGCAUUUUGUUAUCUAAAGUAAAGGUAAAAUAAAGAAAAUAUUAAGGUAUUCAGCUACAUCAUAGAGGUAGUGUAUUUUCUGGGUAAAGUUGCUAAAAAAAAAAAAUCAGGCCAUAGGUUACUUAAUUCCUUACAGGUCAGUUAUCCAUUCAUUCAUGGAAGCAUUUUGCAUUUGGGAAACUAUGUAAUUAUUUUCAAUUGAUAGGAACUUCUUUGGGAUCAAGAAUAAAGCCUCACUAGCUCUCUGAACUGUCUCAAUGAAAGAUGAGCAUGCAUAAGACUCAAGCCGUGUGUUUUAUAUCAUUUUACAUGGAGAAAUAGUGGACAGUUUCCCAGAUCAUUCAGGCCUUUCUAAAGAGCUCAACUGUGUCCUGUAGAUGAUCUCAGUUACUCUAUCUAGUUGAUAUGUUUAAAAUUAUGUGGUGCUUCACACGUGAAACAUUAAGAAUAUUUUUGAGGUAUGUAUAGUGUAUGCAUUGCUGUUUGUGUACAUCUGCAUAUAUGUACGAAUAUGUGUAUAUGUGGGAGUGAGAGAGAACUGAGAGUCUCCCGAUUGUCUUGAGACCUGUUCAUACUGGUAUACUGGCAAGACUUCUUACCUCACUUGUCAAGAUUUUUGCAUGUGGCUCAGCUUAAGAAAAUAGGGUAUUGACUUCAUCAUAAUCUUUACCCCUAAAUUCCUUAAACAUUGCUUAUAAUGUCUAAAACUAUGAAAAAGUUAGUCUGUCUUAUGUUGACUGCUGCCAAUUGUGAAGAUAAUUUCUCCCAAUCAAAAUUCCCACCACUAUUAGCUUGUUUGUGUUGUAUUUUAUAUGUACAGCUUUUACUCUGCUCCCUAAUGUAUGUUCCCUUUGUCUCCUGUUUUUGAAGCAGAUUUCUCUUCUGCUUUUCAUGAAUAAUGAGUACAUAAAAGUGAAAUCUUGUCUUCUUUGUUGAUUCUCUCAUCAACAAGUGCCAGAAUACUGUCCACUGUCUUUGUGGCACUUUGGGGAUUUCUUAAUACUGAUGAUAUGGACUCUGUGAAUGGGAUUUUGAAGCAAAUUUUUAAAGUCUGUAUCAUUCUUGCAGGUUUCAUGUACCUAUUGUGAAAAUGUGAAACUGUAUUUAUGAAUCUGAAAUAAAUUAUUACAUUUGAA